CGUGGCGUGGCGGCGCCAGGUUCCCGGAUGGAGGCGAUGGUGAGCGCCAUUUGGGCAAGAGCAGCAGCCGUGGACGGCGCUAGGUAGCUGCUACUAUGAGAUCCCCGACCCAGCUGCUGCUGCUUGUGCUGUUGGCCUUUCCCGCCGCUCUGUUGCUCGGCGGAGUUCGCGGCGGCCCGGGUUCAAGUUUACUAGUUGCAGCCCAAGAUGCUACGGAGGAUGAAGAAGCAGUGGAAGAUACGGUAGUUGAAGAUGAAGAUGAUGAAGCUGAAGUUGAAGAAGAUGAACCCACAGACUUGAUAGAAGAAAAAGAGGAAGAAGACUUAUCAGGAGAACCUAAAGCCUCACCUAGCGCUGAUACAACUAUCUUGUUUGUGAAAGGCGAAGACUUUCCUGCAAACAACAUUGUAAAGUUCCUGGUAGGCUUCACCAAUAAGGGUACAGAGGAUUUUAUUGUGGAGUCUCUUGAUGCCUCUUUCCGGUACCCUCAGGACUAUCAGUUUUUCAUCCAGAAUUUCACAGCUCUUCCUCUGAACACAGUGGUUCCACCACAAAGACAGGCCACAUUUGAGUACUCAUUCAUCCCUGCAGAGCCUAUGGGUGGUCGUCCCUUCGGACUGGUUAUAAAUCUGAACUACAAAGACUUAAAUGGCAAUGUGUUCCAAGAUGCUGUCUUCAAUCAAACUGUUACAAUUAUUGAAAAAGAAGAUGGAUUGGAUGGAGAAACAAUCUUCAUGUACGUGUUCCUGGCAGGACUUGGCCUACUUGUCAUUGUUGGUCUACAUCAACUGCUAGAAUCUAGGAAAAGAAAGAGACCAGCACAGAAAGUAGAGAUGGGCACAUCAAAUCAAAAUGACGUUGACAUGAGCUGGAUUCCUCAAGAAACUUUAAAUCAGAUCAAUAAAGCUUCACCCAGGCGGUUGCCGCGCAAAAGGGUACAGAAGAGAUCAGUGGGAUCUGAUGAGUAAAUGUUAAUUAAUACAACAAUUCAGCCUUUACUAAUCCUGCCCCUCCUCCCCCUUUUUUUUCCUGGAUUGCAGUAGUGCACAGAAUCCAUAUCAACAUGAGGAAAAUACUACUUACUAUUUGGACUGAUCAAUUUAUCUGACUGGUGAUAACAUUGCUGAAAACAUACUUCUCAUCCCUUUUUUUAAGAUAACAAAAUUGCUUUGGGGGCAGGGGGAAUAAGAGUUAACCAUUAAGGUGUGUGUGUGUAUAAACAAUUGAUCUUAACAAUCAUUGUGCUACCUGAAAUGUGCCUUUAGAGUCCUAUGUAAUGCUGGCUUGUCAUCUGAAACCUUUCUGAAGUGUUUUCUCUCCCCCGCCCCCCAGAAAUCCAAAUGUGUAGUUGCCUAAUCUAGUCUGAUUGUAUCCUGUUUAUAUAAGAGACUUCAUGCCUUUUUAUUAUGUAGUAUCCUAAAGUUAUGAACUUCAUUCUUUGCUGCACACAUAGCUACUUUUGUUAGGAUUUUUUGUAUUUUCCUACUUCAGUGAUGAUGCACUGAUUAUCUGGACUUUUUUUAAAUGUAGUUAGUAUUCUAAAGGCACAAGCAGGUGUAACUGCUUUUAGCAGUACAGAAUUUUUUUGCUGCUGUUUGAUAUAAUGCGCACACUGAGACCUAAGAAUCCAAAUGUAUUUGUAUAAAUGUUAGAGGGAUUUUUACAGCAGCAAAAUUUGUGAAGCAUGGAAUGGUAUGUAAUCUAUAUAAAAUUCUUUUUACAAAACCC